AUGGAGAUCAAAGUGAGCCUCACACUGACUGCCCUGAAUAAUGACAGUAUAUUUCCUUCCAUACGAAUGAUCACACUCUGCCCUAAAAACCCGUCAAUUGUGGUCGGCAGGGCCUCUAGAAGCCCAAAUAAAGCUCUUCAUUGUGCUAUAGAUAAUGCAUGGCUUGACAGUCCAGUUAUAUCUCGAGAUCAUGCGAUCAUAACCUUAGAUUCGAAACGCCAGUCUUUAACAAUUCAAGAUACUGAUUCAAUGCAUGGGACUCGCUUGAACGAUUUCCAAAUGACUAGUCACAUCCCAGCUAACCUUUACAAUGGUGACAAUGUUACUUUUGGAGCAGAAGUAAAGCGAGGCUCUAAGAUAUUUGCAGCUUGUACGCUUCAGGUGAAAUUUGAUUUUUCCCCUUACAUGGAAACAAGUAGCUUUGAACUUUUCGAAUCAUCAGAUUCUGAUAAUAGGUUUAGUCAGAGCGAAAAUAAUGAAGAGAAUGAUAUAUCAGAGUUUAUAUCUCGAAUAGGUAGAGGAUCUACCAAAGCUUCACUUCAUGAAAGACUGAAAGCCAUAAGCGCCAUCGAGUCUAGUGGUGCACUUCUUUAUUCUAAUAACCGAAAUAAUUUUUAUGGAGGUAUGAAUCAUAGGUCUCAGCUUGAUACCCACCAAAAGAAGAAAAGUUUAUUAAAGAUUAAGAAUGGGAUCCAGGCAGGUAGUUCAAUCUGUGAUAUUAAAUCUUGCACAAACUCGUCAGCAAUUAUCAGAGAAAAAAAUGAUUGCCAGUUUUCAUCUGAUUCCUUUCCCCAGUAUUUGGGCGACAUAAACACAGGACUCUGUAACAGCGAAAUGUUUGAGCUCUCCAAUACACUCGACUUAAGAAAUAAAGAAAUUUCAAUUGUUCCCUUUUCUCAAACAAAUAAUAUUGACAAUAGCCUAGAUGCUAGAUCUUAUCUUGACAGAAGCGCCGAGACAAGAAGACUUGCGGGACCUACAACAAGUAAUGAAUCCCAGAAUUUGCUCUGUUAUCGUAACUCUAGAUAUAAGCUUAGUAGGAAUUCGCUUGACGAUAAAAUGGUUUCAUAUCAUCAAGUAUCGCCUCUAGCAGGCAACUACAAGCACAAAGACAGCCCCCAUUUAAACAGAACUCUCCAUGAAUAUCCACAAUCUAAGUCAGUAUUGGCCAGCAAUAGUAUGACCAGCUCUCCUAGCAUGACCUUAUUAGCUUCUCCACCGGCAGAAUAUUUUUCGCCGAGCUCCUGGGAAAAAUCAUCAUAUUCUGAUGAUGAACCCUUCCUUAGUCCUGCUAAUAGGCACAAAAGUAUCUCAAAAAGUGGAACUAAUUGUAAAGACGACUCGAAAAAGCGUUGGAGCCGAAUACUCGACGACAGUAUCGACAAGUCCUUUUAUUUCAAGGCAAGAGAGUUCAAUAAAGCGCAUUUCCAUUCGAUGACCCGUCAAGAAAAAUACACUCCUUUUCAGCAAGUUCAGCCUGGAAUAUAUCAACAGGAGCGGAAUCCUGGUAACCUGCAUACUAGCUGUAGGGGGUAUAAUUACUUGUCAUUGGCCCCAACAUUAUGUGGCGAUGAUAAGAAAAGCUCUGACAUAGAUAAUUCUAUCACCGAGAGAUACCUUUCACUUGAAAAAUCACAGGAUUCUGAACCUUGGAACCACAAACCAAGUAUAUCGCCUUUUAUGGAUAACAUUAAAUCGUGCCAAGCCCAACAAAAAUCUUUAGCAGCGUUAUCAUGUAAGGAUAUACAAGCGAAAAAUGUGCUGGAAAUAAAUGAAGCUAGCAACCCAGUAUCUUUUCGUCAAAGCGACGGAGCAAAACGCAAAUUUCGCGCUAUUUCUGGAGAUUCCAACAGAGAACAAGAAACAUGUUCUCAAACUGAAGUUCUACUCCGCGAAUGCGACGAAAAUUCUGUUAAGGUUUCUGAACCGUUAGAAAUCUCGGUAAAAGCUGAUGGAAGGCCAAAAAAGCGGCAAAGAUACUUGGAGAGAUUUGGGUACGCUGCUCUAGGUGGUUUCGCUGCGGCAGCAGGCCUUUUUUCUUUACUAGUUACCACCGCUCCAGAGUUUUCGUAA